AUGACCCAACCCAUAGGAGCGGCCCUGGGCGCUCUGGGCGCAAACUUCAAUGAAAAGCUCACAUGGAUCAAUCAUGGCGAGCUAGACCGCGUCAACGCCCAUUGGAUCCGCGGCUUCAUCGACAUGCACCAGAUAGACACACUGAAUGCUGCUCAGGAUCCCAACUUGCAAGCUCUCUUCAAAGCCAUAGAUGCCGGAUACCAAACCAUUCUAAGCUUCAAGUGGAACUACACCAACCUCGAUUUCCCAAACGUGAACAGUGCCGCAAUCGCCACCGAGCUCGAGCGUCUGAACCGCGUACUCCCCGUGGUAAUGGACAAAGUCGACAUCAUAGUAAUCGGAAACGAGCCCUUCAUUGAAGUUCAACAAGGCCACGCAGAUACGCGUUUAAACAUUUUCUACGAGAUGCUAGCCGAUACUGUGAUCCGUUUCCGCAACACACACGGCGGCAACUUAACAAGAUUAUACAUGGGCGCCCUAAACAGACUAGAUCUCCCGGCGAAAAGGACCCCGGCCGUCGAGCGGAUGCUGCGCUUCAUUUCGUCAAGACCAGAGCUCGAGGGCGUGGAUUUACACCCUCACAUGCCGACUCUGGAAGGCCACAGAGUCAUGCUCGAGUACGUCCUCUCGCGUAUCCGGCCUGAUCAACGCUUCCUGGCGACCGAAUUCUCGCUGGUAUGGCAUUGGAAGAGACAUCUGUCUGAUCGGGUAUCUGGGGCUUUCUGUGCUAGAUAUGGGUUUCCUGUGGGGAUCAAAGUUUAUCAGGUUAUUAGUGCUGCUAUGCAGAAUCCGUGGCCAUAUAUUCAAUGGGAGGACUUUUUGAUGCAGGAACCUUGGUACAUGCAGUGCCGUUCUUUUAUUACCGAUGCCAUGAGUCUCUAUCGUGCUACUGAGAGGCUUGAAGUUGCUACUUAUUCGUUUUGUCCUAUGAGGUUGAGGAAAUUGCCUCUUCCUGCGAAUGGUGAUCCGUGGAUGCUUAACGGGGUUUUUGCACCUUCGACGGUCCAGGUUCGGUCGGAUGGAUCUAGGUCUGAGAAUUUCCCUUGGGCGGAAGAGUUUCGAAGAGCUCAGACGGGGUGA